CCGCUACCGUCGCAACAUCACCACAGCCGAGCGGAAGCUUAGGCAAGUGACAGUGAUGCCAAUUGGGUGCAAACAAGGUUUUAUGGCUCCUUGCGUGCUGAGUCCCGGCAAUGCGGGCUCAUUGACGUAUGCAUGAUGGUCUACCUAGACACUAUGCCCGCUUGAGGCACAUCCCCAUGUUCCAAUCUACAUGGCCCGACAUCAAUAUCAGUGCACCAUUUCCAUUCAAUUGUCGACCAGCAAACGUAUUUGAUAUAUAUCCCCCCGGUGCGAUCCUGUUACCAUAACCCUCAGCCAUCCGACUACACAAUAUCACUCCACCUCAUACAAUUAAACCAUGUCGAUUCCCUCGUCCACGAAGCAAUGGCUCCUCGCCUCUAACCCAAGCGGCGUGCCCUCCGUCUCCGAAACCUUCAAAGAAGUCACCACCACCCUCCCUUCCCUCGCCGACGGCCAAGCUCUACUCAAGACCCGUUACCUCUCCAACGACCCCGCCCAGCGCGGCUGGAUCGACAAGUAUGAAGACGAAUCGCGCCUAUACGUACCCCCGAUACACCCGGGCGAAGUCAUGCGCGCCGGCGCCCUUUGCGAAGUCAUCGAGUCUAAAGCCGCACACCUCCACCCAGGCGACAUCGUCCAGGCCGGCGUCGGCUGGGUCCAGUACAGCGUACAAGAUGCUGCCGCCCUCAAGCCUCUCCCGCCUCUGCCAAACGGCUUGCCCAUCACCCACUACCUGGGCAGCCUCGGCAUGACGGGCCUGACGGCAUACUACGGCACAAAGGAGAUUGCGCGCGCAUCACCCGACGACGUGGUUGUCGUCAGCGGCGCGGCGGGCGCGGCAGGUAAUAUGGUUGUGCAGAUCGCGAAGCACAUCAUCGGCUGCAAGACGGUGAUUGGCAUUGCGGGCGGGCAGGCCAAGUGCGACUAUGUCAAGUCGCUCGGCGCAGACGCGUGCGUGGACUACAAGACUGCGGACUGGCAGCAGGAGCUGGUGAAGCUGACGCCCGAUUUCGUGAAUGUAUAUUUUGAUAAUGUCGGUGGGGAUAUACUCGAUUUUCUGCUGUCGCGUAUGGCGCGAUAUGGGCGUGUUGCGGCGUGUGGUGCGAUUGCGAACUACAACGCUGGAGACCAGGCUGCAGGGAUUAAGAACUGGUUCCAGAUUGUCAGCAUGCGGUUGGAGAUCAGAGGGUUCAUUGUAUUUGAUCAUAUGAAGCAGUUUGAGGAGAGCAGGGGCGUGUUGAUGAAGGCGCUUAAGGAGGGCAAGAUUAGGGUUGGCGAGGAGAGUCAGACGGUCGUGAAGGCGAGCUUUGAUCAGAUUCCUGAGACGUGGUUGGGGCUGUUUGAAGGAAAGAACCAGGGGAAGCUGGUUACGGAGCUGGUGUGACAGAGAUAUUUUGGAGAGUUCAGCUACGGUUAGACGAGAAAUGUAAAGAAUAUGAAGAUCAUUCAUACAGUCAAGCUGUCAAGGCCUUUUUUCUAGAUGCUGUAUUUAGUGGAGUACUGCUGUGCCCGUACUAAUCUAGACAAGCCUCAUUGUAUCUUCUGUUGCCCGCCUCUCAGCCUGAAAAGUCCACACUAACCAUCGCCUCCCCAGCCGCCUUCUCAUCCAGCGCAAUGUUGGUGUCCAACUUCUUCUGCUCGACCGCGAUCUUGUCCGCGACAUCAUCCCCCUG